AUGGAAAAGGCUGUUAUACGUUUGAUAAGUAAUUCAAUAAUGUUGCAUAAAUGGGUAUGUCUAUCAAGCUGUGCAGUAAAAUAUUGUACAUCACAAAACACUGCAAAUCUUCUAGAAGAUAUUCCAACAUGCAAGGAAAUAAAAUAUCAGAAAGAAAAUUUAAAGAAGUAUGUUGAUUCUUUUAGUUCUGACAAUAAUACUAAAGACAUGGUUACAAGUAAUUUACAGCCAAAUCAUUAUGCUGGAAUAACUAAACUAUUAAAAUAUUUGAAUGAAUUCUACGGAGUAACAAAUAAAAAUUUAUGUUACGAGGACAUAAAGACGUCUAAGAAAUUUGUAGAAAUGUGUACAUUAAUACAACAAAAUGCAAGGAACUUAGAAACCUUUGAUAUUAUAUAUGCCUUAAAAGUUCUAUUUUCUAUGAAUGUUCCAAGUGACACUGCAGUAGUUCAGACAUUACUUCAGCUGACAAGAGUUUUAAUAAACACAUUAACAAUAUCUCAAAUAUUAUAUUUAUAUCACACUUUGAAAGUCCACAAUGAAACACCUUUGGCAAAAGCUCUACUAUAUGCCCUGCAUAAAGUUUCUCAUAUGCAAAUACAUGUUGAACUCAACAGAGAUGACAUAUAUAGGACAAUAUCGGUUCUCAAAUUUGCAUGUAAUACAAAUAAUAUACAAGCAAUUAGACAUACUCUUAAUAUUUUGUCUAGAAACCAAGAGAGCCUAAAUUUAAAUGAUUCCAUCUCUGUUUUGUAUGCAUUGUUCCUUAUACCUGAACUAACAAAUUCUUAUAGAAGGCUUCUAGAUCAAGUGAUGAAUGAAAUAAUGAACAAUCAUAGCAUGUUAAAAUUUAAUGCAAUAAGUUUUUUAUUGGCUAUAAUCACCAUGAAAAUUUCUGAAAAGGGGCUUAAAGAGUUUUACAAUAAACAACUGAUAAAUUUAUUAUGCCAAGAUUGUAUCGAUAAAAAUGUAAAUGUUUCUGAUGGUAUCAAAAUCUUGAAGCGUUUAAACAAAAUAGGAUUUAGUAAUAUACCGUUAUUAGAUUUUUUGACAGAGAAGUGUACAGAAGAUUCGAAUAUAUUAAAAACUUGCUCACACCAAACAAUAUUUCACUUUAUAAGAGCUCUGGGCAUCGCUAAUUACAAACCACAACACUGGUUUACAGUACAAUCAAUUAUAGUAAAUUCCUUUCUCAAUCAGAAUCUGCCAAUCGGUUAUGUGGCAAAGGUCACUUUUUAUUUACUUUCACUGGGUUGCUAUGAUGAGCAACUACUUGAAAAUAUAUUUACGUUGUAUUAUUGUAACCACAGUCAUGUGAAAGAUGUAAGGACAUUGAACAACAUUUUACAGUUACAUCAGUGUGUUAAAAGCCUUUAUCCCUGCUAUGAUGGGAUCACAUUGAGUAAAAAUAUAAUUGACGCUCUGUUAAGUCAGACGGACCGAAAAAUAGUCUCAUUUUCGUUAGCUGAUCACUUAGAAGAAAUACUAGGAGGUAAUAGAUACGUGAAAAGUAAUUUGAGAUCGAAACUUGGACAUCAUGUUGAAGCCAUUGUUGUAAUACAGCCAGAUGGUUCUCCUAUGGCUAUUAAUGACUAUCAGGAUGAUAUUACGUAUAUUGAAGAUUUAGUGUCUCCACCAGACUUUCAUAAGAUACUUUUUCUACUUACUACAAAAACAUCAUAUUCUAGGAAUUUAGAAAUACCAUCAAGUACAUUGCAGAUACUUGUCAACUCAUUAGAAACAUUAAUAAAAUGCAACGUUAUCUGUAUAAAUAUCUUAUAA